AUGAACUUUUCCAACUUUGUGCAGCGCGCUCAGCAGCUGCUCGACCCCAAUGCGGCGACCAACGCGUCGUCGUCAGCUUCGCCAGGAGCCCCUGCUGGCUUCCUCGCAGGCCUCACCGGCGGCGGUGACUCGAAGAAACACCCGUCCAAGGCGUCCCUCUUCCAGGCCCAAUUCCGGCUGCCGACAACGCAGCACCCCCUGCACGAGAUCGCAGCCGAGCUGACGCUGCCACCAGCCGACAAAGACGCCAUCGGGGUCGUUUCGGGGGGUGGGCCCCAUGCAGCGUAUCGGUACGCCGGCCGUCUGCACCUGUCGGAGUCGUACCUCUGCUUCUCGACAUCCCCCUCGAGCUUCCUUCCGGCGGCCAGCCAGGCGACAGCAUCCGCGUUCACGGGCCAGACGCACGGCGAGGGUCCGAGCGGGAAGGGCUUCACACUGCCGCUGGUGGCGAUCCGGCGGGUGGAACGGCUACAUACGCAGUCGUUUCAGUUCUGCCUGUCGAUCACGUCGUGGAAUGGGCUGCUGUACGACGGGCCCAAAGACGCGGAAGUCAAGGCGACGACGCCGGCGCGGGAACAGCGCAUCACGAUCGAGCUGGCAAGCUCGCGGCAGGCAUGCGAGCGGUUCUGCGACGGGCUCAAGAAGGGCCUGCGGGCAGCCGUGGGCCACAUCGGGCGGCUGCGGCAGGUGGUGUCCGAGUGCUACUCGGAGUACCUGCUGCGACCAGAGGAGCGCAAGACGACGGUGUCGCCGCCAGACGCGGGUCUGGGAAUGGUGUUCCGCUACCCAGGCGACGCGAAGAAACUGCGGGACCGGGCCAAGAUGCGGCUAUGGGCGGAAUACCUGCGCGACAACGGGCGCAACGUGACGUUGGUGCGUCAGCCGACGUUUUACAAGCUGAUCCGCGUGGGGCUGCCGAACCGGCUGCGCGGCGAGAUUUGGGAGCAGACGUCGGGGUCGAUCUACCUGCGGCUGGAGAACCCGACCAUGUACGCGGACACGCUGGCGGAGUUUGACGGGCGCGAGUCGCUGGCGAUCGACGAGAUCGAGAAGGACCUGAACCGCAGCCUGCCCGAGUACGCCGGGUUCCAGAGUGAGGACGGGAUCGGACGGCUGCGGCGGGUGCUGACGGCGUACAGCUGGGUCAACGAGGAGGUGGGCUACUGCCAGGCGAUGAACAUUGUGGUGGCGGCGCUGCUGAUCUACAUGUCGGAGUCGCAGGCGUUCUUCCUGCUGUCGACGCUGUGCGACCGGUUGGUGCCGGGCUACUACUCGACGACCAUGUACGGCACGCUGCUGGACCAGAAGGUGUUUGAGUCGGUGGUGGAGAAGACGAUGCCGAUCAUCUGGGAGCACCUGGUGCGCAGCGAUGUACAGCUGUCGGUGGUGUCGCUGCCGUGGUUCCUGUCGCUGUACAUCAACUCGAUGCCGCUGGUGUUUGCCUUCCGCGUGCUGGACGUGUUCUUUGUCGAGGGCCCCAAGGUGCUGUUCCAGGUGGGGCUGGCGAUUCUGCGGAUCAACGGCGAGGAGCUGCUGGACGCGGCGGACGACGGUGCCUUCAUCUCGGUGCUCAAGACGUACUUUUCGCGGCUGGACGAGUCAGCGCACCCGCGGUCGGACAACCCGAAGCUGCGGGCGGUCACGGGCGGGUUCCAGGAGCUGAUGGUGGUGGCGUUCAAGGAGUUCUCGGGCAUCACGAACGCGACGAUUGCGGACCUGCGGCAGAAGAACAAGGAGGCGGUACUCAAUAACAUUGAGAACUUUACCAAGCGCACGGCAAUCCGCAACCUGGGUCCGGAGAGCAAGGUGCUGAGCACGGACGAGCUGGGCGGCCUGUACGACCGGUUCUACGGCGUGCUAUACGAGCGGCAGCAACGACAUCUGCUGCAGCAGCAGCACUACCACCAGCAGCAGCAACACUACCACCAGCAGCAGCUACAGCAGCAGAAGCAGCGGCGGGCGGCCAAGCAGCAGUCGCUGGGCAAGCUGACCAUCACGACGACGGGGCCAGCAGCACUGGCAGCAUCGGCCGGGUCGGUCAUGUCUCCCCAGGAGGCGCAUGCAGGGGAGGCCGGCCGCGUUGGACUGGGAUCGAGCACGAGCCAGAUGGACUACGACGCGUUCCGCGAGUUCCUGGCCGGCAUGGCGCGAUGGGCGAUUGCAGACGCGCCAGCGAGCCGUGACUCGACGGAAAAGGACAAGGCAGCAGCAGCGGCGGCAUCCUUCUCGGCGGCUUCAGCAGCAGCGUCGUACUUUGCGUCGCUGCGUGGCAGCAGCAGCAGCGCGGCAGCAGCAGCGAUGAUGUCACCCUGGGGCGCAGGGCCGGAGCCGGCGAACCACGAGUUCCUCCGACGGCUAUUCUCGCGCUGGGACAAGGACGCGAGCGGGGCGCUGACGCUGCAGAACGUUGUCAGUGGCAUCGCGCGCAUCAAGGGAAAGCGCGACAUCAUGGGAUCGAUCAACUACUUCUUUGAGCUGUACGACGAUGACGGCGACGGCCGGGUUGACCGCGAAGGCAUCCUGCGCAUGUCGGAGACGCUGCUGUUCGUGUCGAGACGCGGACUCGAGGGCUCACUCAGCCCGGAGAAUCAGGCGGCGGCCGAGGCGGCAGCAGCAGCAUCAGCAGCAGCGACAACAUCGGAUGCCGGCAGCCUCAACGGCCUGCCCGGGGCGAUGGAGACGACGGUCAACGAACGGUUCCUCGGCAGCGUGAGUGCGUUUAUACGGCGGUGUUUCGAGUAUGCGGACCCAGACCACACGGCACAAGAGGAGGAGGAGAGGGAGGAGGAGAGAGAGAGGGAGAGGGAGAGAGAGGAGAAAGAAAAAGAAAGGAAAAAAGAAAGAGAAGAAUCGUUGUUGGUGGAUGAGGUGGACGAACUGGCGCCACCAAACGCGUUUGAUAUUGGGGACAGCGAUGACGAAGAUGACGAGACCGCCGACGACGACGGGCCAGUGGACUUGCUCAGCGGUGACGUGCCGAAGCAGAGGCCGGCAGCUCAGUCGACAGGACGUCCGGGACGGAGAGUGGUGUCCAAGGUGCAGUCGGAGCGGGCGAACGUGGCGCUGGAUCCGAUGAACCCGAUGCACAUCACACUGCCGACGUUCCGGAUGGUGGUGCUGGCGGACGAGCUGCUGGAGCAGUUCUUUGAAUCGUCGUUCCCGGCGUCGUUCCACAUUGUGGACGGGGUGGCGUCGAACUCGGCGCCGUCGGGAGGCGGUGGCUACGGAGCGGCGAACGCGCUGACGACGUUUGCGAACCUAGGCAUCGGAGCCGGUCGGGCGGCAGCGGCAGCAUUGGGGAGUGCCAGCGGGACGGUGGGAGUGGUGGGCGGUGUCAGCGGUGGGAACGGCGUGCCGGGGGCGUUUGGGUCACGUGUCGGAGUUGGUCGGCCACCAUUGUCACCGGGCCUACAAACGGGCCAGGCGAUCUCGGGGGCAUCGCGUGGGCUUCGGGGCGUGCUGGACAACAUCGUGACGGACGGGAUGCGGGUGGCGGCCGAAGUGCGAAAGCGGAUGGAGGACGCGCAGCGGGAGCUCGACCAGGAGGGAGCAGGCGAAGGGGGUGCCGGAGGGGCCGGAGCCGACGACGACGACGACGACGACCUGGCGGUGACGACGGGUGGCGCAGCUGGAGGAGCAGGUGGCGGUGGAGGCGGCCAUGGAAGCAGCGGCAGUCUGGGUGGAGGCAGCGUGGGCAGUGGACUGGGACGACGGCCGAGCGUGCGGUCGUCGGAUCUGGCGCUGCUUGAAGGCGCAGAUGCGGAGGCAGACGGCGGACACAGUGGCGGAGCCGUGGGCAGCGAUCGGCCCGAUGUAGGAGAUGUUGUGAUGAGUCCGACGACGGAGCGGAUUAUAGAGUUUGACGCAUGA